AAAAUAAAAUCCGGCCUCCAUGGCCGUUAUCCAACUCGCGAGCCAUUUCUCCAGAAGUUCCAAAUUCGUGGGCUCGGAUUCAACUAUCGUCCCCACCCGAAUCCUGCCCAGACCCCGUGGAAUCACUCGUAGUGCCAUGGCGUCACCUAGCGGCAGUAGCCGCUCCCCCAAAAUCCCGGAGUUCCCGGCGGGUUCCGGCGGCCGGCCGGUGCCGGCCGUGGGGAUCGGCACGGCGUCGUUUCCGUUCGUGGCAGAGGACGUCAAGAACGCCGUGCUCGCCGCGCUGGAGCUCGGCUACCGCCACCUCGACACGGCCUCGGUCUACCCCUCCGAGCACCUCGUCGGCGAGGCAGUGGCGGAGGCGGCGCGGCGCGGGGUCAUAGCGUCCCGCGAGGAGGUGUUCGUGACGACCAAGGUGUGGUGCACGCAGUGCCACCCGGAUCUCGUCCUCCCUUCCCUCAAGGAUAGCUUGCAAAACCUUCAAAUGGAAUAUGUUGAUUUGUACCUGGUCCACUGGCCUAUGAGCGUAAAGCCCAGCAAACCUCACUUCCCAAUGAAAAGGGAAGACAUCGUGCAGAUGGAUUUGAAAGGCGUAUGGCAGGCAAUGGAGGAAUGUCAUAGCCUUGGCCUUGCUAAAAUGAUUGGUGUUAGCAAUUUCACAACGAAGAAACUGCAGGGGCUACUUGCAAUUGCAAAAAUCCCCCCAGCAGUGAAUCAGGUUGAGUUGAAUCCAGCUUGGCAGCAGAAAAAACUGAUUGAAUUAUGCAAAGAGAAGGGAAUUCAUGUGACUGCUUAUUCUCCCCUGGGAGGCCAAAGCAGGACAUCCAAAAUCAAUGCAGUACUACAGUCUGAAAUACUAAAAGAGAUUGCCGAAGCUAGAGGAAAAUCAGUAGCUCAGAUCUCACUGAGAUGGAUAUUCGAGCAAGGGGCGAGCAUGGUAGCCAAGAGCAUGAAAAAGGAGAGGCUUCAGGAGAACCUCGAAAUCUUUGACUGGGAACUGACUGACGAAGACCGGUUCAAGAUUACUCAGAUACCGCAGUACAAGAAGGUCACGGUGUCGGCGAUCCUCUGCCCUGAAGGCGUCCCUGGCGUCGAUCUUUCGGAGGUUGAUGUUGUUGAAACGUAGGUGUAGGUCGGUGUCAAACUAUGAAGAUGCUUUAAACACUCGGAGUUAGUCCUGUAAUUUGGUGAAGAUCCAUGGGCCAUUUAAACACUCCAAAUUACAAAGAUUUAGUGA